UUGGUAGGAAGUGGGGACUUCUGUUAUCAAAGCCAACGCCCGCUUGAAUGAGAAGAGAAGACUUCACUCAAAGCUUUAAUGGUGCCUCCCUUUUUCACUCUCUCAGUCACUCUUUUCUUUGAUUUCAGUCCGGUUCUAUCUGCUCAUCGGAGAGGAUUCCACGGUCGUCAUCUCUAGUUUUCAUCACACUCAUUGUGACUGUUCGUUCAUUUUUUAUCAAUGGGGAGUAUUUCGUCCGAGGAUGAGUUAGAUCAACUGAGCGAGCGGUUCGAGUUCGACGGCUACAGCUUAAGCGCGGAUGUGAGUGAAUCGGAAAGUUCCUCUAGCUUCUUCUCUUGCAGGCUUUACUAUCAACAAGGCGCCUCCACUUCUUUCGCUUCUUCGCCGCUCGCCAGACCUCAAUUCUCUGACCGUGACAUUUCUCCGCCCCCGAUUCCCAUAAUGAUGCCGCCGGUAGUUGGUGGCAGGCAUGUCAAAUUUGCAACGGACAAGGCAGAUAAACCGGACAAUGAUUUAUCUGAGGUUGAAAUGAUGAAGGAGCUAUUCGCUAAGCUUCUCCUUGGAGAAGACGCGUCAGGUGGGAGGAAGGGCGUUUGCACUGCUCUUGCCAUCUCCAAUGCCAUUACAGAUCUCUCUGCUUCUGUGUUUGGGGAGCUAUGGAAGUUAGAACCACUAGCUCCACAAAAAAAGUCAAUGUGGCACCGGGAGAUGGAGUUAAUUUUAUGUGUGAGUGAUUCCAUUGUAGUGCUUGUUCCAUCAAUGCAAGAUCUCCCUAGUGGUGCAACCGUUGAGGUUAUGGUGCCACAACCGCGCUCAGAUCUAUCUAUGAACCUUCCAGCACUCAAGAAGCUUGACACCAUGUUGCUUAGCAUUCUUGAUGGAUUUUGCAGUUCUGAGUUUCGUUAUAUUGACCAUGGGGUGAUAGUUGCUGGUGGGGGUGAAACUGAAACAUUUCCUUUCUCUUCAUCUUCUUCAAGGCUGUCAAGUUGUCAGGAAGAGAAGUGGUGGCUUCCGUUUCCUAAAGUUCCCCAGAAUGGUUUAUCUGAAGAUGCAAGGAGGAGAUUGCAGCAGUGUAGGGAAUGCACAAAUCAGAUCCUUAGGGCCGCCAUGGCAAUUAAUAGCAGUGUAUUAACUGAGAUGGAAAUUCCAAAUGCUUACUUGGAGAGCUUGCCCAAGAGCGAAGAAGCUUGUUUGCAUGAGAACGUAUAUCGUCACAUAACUGCCCAUCGGUUCUCUCCAGAUUGUCUUCUGGAUUACUUAGACCUCUCAUCAGAGUACUCGACUUUAGAAAUAGCAAACAGAAUAGAAGCAGCUGCACACAUUUGGGAGAAAAAGUGCCUUCAAAAGCAGAAAGUUCAUGCAAGAAUUGGGAAGAAGUCAUCAUGGGGGGGCAAGAUUAAAGGCUUUGUUUGUGAAGUACAAAGGAGUAAACUUCUAGCAAGACGGGCUGAGACCCUUCUACAGAGACUACGGCUGCGUUUCCCUGCUCUCCCACAGACUACUCUGGACGUGAACAAGAUUCAAUAUAACAAGGAUGUAGGGCAUGCUAUCAUUGAGAGCUAUUCAAGGGUAAUGGGAAGACUAGCCUUGAAUAUAAUGGCAAGGAUUGAUGAUCUCCUAUAUGUGGACGAUGCCACAAAGCAACGAGCAGCAGCAGAGUCAACAACUCUGUAUGACCAAGGAAAACCUGAGGGUGCGCUUCUCAAACAUAAGUGGGCAUCACCUAGCCCUUUUUCUCUUCAACAAAAUCUUUCUGCCUCUCCAUAUCUAUCGUCUAAAUUUGACUCUUCCCAUAAAAAACUUAGAAUCUCCAGUGCCAGGAGACAUCAUUUUGCAAAGAAGAGCAACCUAAAGGACUCACCCAUUCAGACCCUGCAGAAACUAACCUUCUAAUAUGAAGAGGGAAAUUGUCUUAUAUAGCUCAGGAAUUAGUAUCUAAAUCAUGUCUAUCUAGCUUGCCCCUUGCUGUAUCUGAAAACUAGUUUUUUAUAGCCUGAUAAGUAGAGAAGGUAGUAGAACAAACAGUGUAUUGAUGUGAGUUGGUCGGUGUAGAAACCAAAGAAUAAAUGUGAUCAGCUAAAAAAGUUAAAUCAUUUGUUGGCGAA